UACGACUCUCAAAUUAAAAAAAAAAAAUAGGCAACGAAAACUUCGAAGCUCAUCCUCAGUCAGGUGUUGUCAUGUGUUGGAGGAGGUGGUGUUACCUGGCGUCUCCCUCCAGGAUUAUCUAACUAGAACCAUCAUAAAACCGCAAGAAAGGACACCAGAUGCAAAUGUGUUGAGUUUGAAGAAGGAUAACAGACACACCCAAGGUCCUCCGUGUCUAUAUGUAAUCACCCAGCUGUUCAUCUCAACCGUCUCCAUUACAGCUGACUUAUUCAACAGCUGUCUGAAGCCUAACAGGACCCAGUUGUAAAUCGUGCCAAGAAACGAAUGCAGAUCUCGAUUCCUGGCCAGUAGGGAGAAGAAACCAGCAGCGUGGAGUCUCAAGGAAGAACUAGUGCAAGAGUCGUCAUCUUGCCUGGCCUGAAUCCCAAGACGAUGCCGCCAUGAAGACAUACGGACGCGUCCUCGAGUUAAAUUGUCUCUUCCUGCUAGCAGUGGCACUCCUAGUGGCACUACAGCUGUUCCUGCAGCAAGCCCAGCAGCGUCUUCAGCUAAGCAAGGAGGAGGAGGGGGCAGAGGAGGGACUGGUUGGGGCACCUGAGGCACUACCUCUUGAAGAUGCCAGAGUUGACGACCUCCAGGAUGACCAGGGUCCUGGGCAGGAGGAUCCUGCAGGACUCUCUGAGGACUCCCUGGCAGCUGCACCCUUCGUCCCAAAUAUCCGCAAGUCCUUCACGAAGAGGAAGGCUCCCUACCUCAGGAAAGGCAAGAAGAACAAGAACAAGAAGAAGAAGUCCCUGAAGAACAAGAACAGGCAGCAGACACAUGGUUCUCAAGGAGGGCCCAAAAAAGGCGAAGGCAAAGUGGGUAACCCUAAGAACUUAGGGUUGAAGGGCCAGGGUAAAUUUGGGACACAAAAGAACGGAGAGAAACUUUCCCAAAAUAAACGCAUAAGAAAAAAAGAAAGUGGUAAUGAAAAGAGUAAAUUAUGAUCUAGUCGAUACAAUAAAGUAACAUUAGUGGAUAACUAAAGCAAAUUAAAAACUAGUCACUAGCUGAAAUAAAUUGAAAAUUUGUGGAUAGCUAAAUUAAAUUGCAAACUUGAUGGAUAAGUGAAGAUAUCUCUGGUUGUCGAGGAACUUUGUCAGGUUCAGCUAAAACCCCACCAAGGAUUUUUAAAUUAUAUUUUAAUAUUUAAAAAUAUGAGAAUAUGAUGAAAAUCGUUGUAAAAUAAAAUAAUAAUACGUGAUUUGAUAAUCGUGGAGGACAAAAAUGUCACUUUGGAGAGUGAGAGUUACUUGGGAAUAAUAAUAAUAAUAAUUAUAUUUUUUAUUUUAUAUCAACAAAUUUAUAAUCAUACUUCCAGACUGAUUAUGUGAUUUGGUUAAUUAUAUUUAUUCCAUAUUUAUAUAGCAAGUGCUACUGCCGAGAGCUUGAGUAGACGGUGCUCACCUAGUUUGAGUUUGCAGGGCGUCAAUUCAUAGCUCCUGGCCCUGUCUAGUGCAAAGUGCCUUAUGUAAUACAAAAUGUAUAUGUUGCAUUGUGUCUGGAGAGACAAUGUUUUAAAGAAUCAAGACAUUUUAAUUAAUUUGAGAA